AUGGAUGGCAGCGGGCGGGCUGUGGUUUGCCGUUUCUGUGGAUACAAGACUACGAAAGCAGGUGCAUGGUUGGGUCACUGCAGGGACGAGGGUUGUUGGUACUUAUAUUGUGAACGUUGUUGCAUAAAGUUCAGAAGUCCCACGGAGGCGUUUGAACACCACCAGAAAGAGCGUUGUACGAGCUACGGGACAAACACGGGGGACUGGCAUGGACAUUGUUGCGGCCUAACGUACACCAGGAAGAAACCAUUAAACUCCCAUUGUUACCAUACACAUGGCGGCCGUAGUCGAUGCGAUGCGUGGCAAGUGAUUCCUUGUAAGUGUCGCCGGUUCUACGGAGACGAGUUCGGCUACAACAAACACAUUGAAACGCUCGGAGACUCUUGGUUUUGUAAGACGUGCGACACAUAUACGAAAGAGGCUCCCCAAUGCGGUCACAAGGUGAAGCACGUGUGGUACGAAGAGGACUUCGAAGCCGAGUGCGGGAAACUGAGGGAACAGAACCGAUCAUUGGUUCAGGAGAUGGGGGCGCUGAAGAUCGAGAAUGCAGCGUUGAAGAUUGAGAUUGAAACAUUGAAGAUGCAAACCCCCAGUGCUAAGACCAAACUGACGGACGACCUGCAGCCCGACCUUGGUUACGACGAUGCCGACGCGUCCACUGCCGAUGCCGACGCGUCCACUGCCGAUGACGCUAGGGCGUCCACUGCCGAUGAAUCCAAGAUGUUCACUGCUGAUGGUGCCAAAGCGUUCAGUCUCGUUGAAGCCAAGAAGGCUCUUCCCGAUGAUGCCAACGCGUCCACUGCCGAUGAAUCCAAGAUGUUCACUGCUGAUGAUGCCAAAGCGUUCAGUCCCGCCGAAGCCAAGAAGGCUCUUCCCGAUGAUGCCAACGCGUCCGCUGCCGAUGAAUCGAAUGCGGCCACUGCCGAUGACGCUAGAGCGUCCACUCCUGAUGAAGCCCUGACGUCCAUUCUGCUUCCGCCUGGAGCGCCUCAGGGAGUCUGCUGA